AUGCCGAUCGAUCCUCGGUCCUCAAUUCGUCGACAGUGCCGUACCGCUCUGGAUUUCACUCGCUGGAGAGAUCUUUGCCACGUGAGGAAGGGACUAGAGCCGACAGAGCUGGUGGCUGACGAUAUCCAACGUUAUUUGACCAUGUCAAACGAUACCAAAGGUAUCAGAUAUGAGUGGUAAGCCGUUACCAGCAGUUACUAGGGCAUGUGGGGAGAGCCAGAAAAGGGGCAAAGGGGUAAGUAAUGCUAAAGCGAACUAGAGAGGUGACCCAUGUCAUGCGCACAAAGCUCCAAACAGUCGGAAUAUUCGAAAUGUUGGCUGUAAUAUCCAAUAUCCAACACUCAGCGGCUACAAUACUCAUCUAAAAACAACAAAAACGCUGAAAACCCACAGGGCACUCGGUAAAAUAAAUCCGGUACUGAAAGUCAUAGAGGUGGAGGGCUGCCGCGGUGGUGAGCCAUUGGUGGGUCCUAGCAGAGCAGAGCGACGACAUGUUGGCUACAGGGAGCACCUCGGCUCGGACGUUUCGGUCGCGAGUUACCUCAGGGUACAUUGAGUGAGGGAGGUGGGUAAAGGGAAAGAAAAAAAUUCUCUGCCUCCCCGUUUCAAGUGACAACACAAGGACAGUUUAUAAAACACUUGAAUCAGCCAUUCAUACAAAUUAAUCCACUACUCAUUUCUGGAUUAAUCGUCCAAAAAUUAAUGGACUCAAGUGUCAGAAUUUCUACGAGUGACGAGUUUUAGGAUUAUCGCUUGUAAUUAGCCCCAGUGAUUACAGUGAUUACCACGGGCGAGAGGAGAUUCGAUUUUCGUGUGGGGGCGAGUUCUUCUCGGCUAAUAGUUUGAGUCCCGAUUAUCAGUCGGUAUUGUGCCAUUAUUGUCGUCUUGUUCGUUUCAUCAGCGUAACCUUCUUUAUAUUUUUUUUCUUCACUCCUUCGGCUGUUUCGGUUCUAUUCUGGUCUGUGUGUUGGUUCUAGUGGUUCUAGUUGAGCCGGAGCGCGGGGAGAGCCGGGAGUGAACGGUGGGAGGAUGCUCAGCCCGGCUUAGCAUUCCAUUUUAAAAAGUUUAUCAACUCUCAUGGAAAAACAAGUGAAGAUUGACGAAUAAUUGUUGGUGUCAAAGAGUUACUGAAACAGUCAAAUUCACAUCGGUUCACUAAAUUAUAUGAGAUUAAUAUUGAAAUAUAUGUGAGUACAGGAGUGCAUUUCUGUGCGCGCGCGGAUCCUUUUAAGUAUACGUAUCUAUAUAAUAACCCGUAUAUAUGUACAAUCGAAACCAAAACGAGAAGAUAAGAGACGAAAAAAAUGAAAAUUCACGUGAAAUAACCAGAAAAACUCCAUAAUCCACAAGUAAUAAUUAAUAAUAACAGUAAUAAUAGCAACAAUAAUCCUAAUAAUAAUAAUAGAAGAGCGACGAAGAUAGAGAUUAUUCCUCAAGGAGAAUUGAUCGAGUUUGAUAUGAGGAUGGUCUGUGGAUCAGACCAGACAAGAUCAUAAAGCUAAACGAGUGCAUAAACUGGAGUUUGUUAUCAUUAUUAUUAUUUUUUUAAUCCAAUUCGUUUCUUUCGGUUAAUCCGUCUCUCCCAUUCUCCGCUCGAUCUGGCAGCUACGAGUAUAUACCGUCAGCCAAUACGUGAGGCGAUCUAUUUUAACAUUUCGUCGUUAGUGACUUGGGGAUUUUAGUGUAUAAUAUGCAUUGUGAGGUGGGUGGUGGUGGUGGAGAGGUGUAAGAAAGCGACAACGAGGCGAGAUUGUAUUUCUCAGGCGAAACACGCGCCUCCCUGUGUCAUCGCCGUCGCCAGUGGAUUCAACUGUCGUGUGCCCUUAAAAAUUGACAAUUUUCAAUCGUAAAUUUGUCUCGAAGGCAGAACAACAAACGCUGGGUGGUAUUCAAUUGAAAUUGAUAAAGUUUAUGCCUCCGGAAGUUCCAUUUAGUAAUUUGAAGGAUCUCGAUUUUUCGUGCAAUUAUUUUUUCUGAUAAAAAAAAGGAUACAUUCGCCUAGUCAUCAGUGUGCUGAGAUCGGCCAAUUUCUGCCGCUUCAAAGUCGUCUAGAUAUAGAUAUUUAAAGAGUUUCGAGUCAAUUUGGAAAUAAUUAUCUGGUACAACUAAUCGUAGAAUAAUUAGCCCAGCACUCGGCAAAGUGCAUGUGGCUUCUUGAUAGUUAUGACACGAAAAACGCCGCGAGGUGAAAAGUAAAAGUAGAGUUCUUGUCCCUGAGUACCUAAUUUCUUAUUCAGUAUUCUUAUCGUCCUUGUGCUUCUCCCCUGGGUUUAUUCCCUCGAAAGGGAGCUCAAGAGCAAGAGUAAUUCCCCUUGACUCCUUCGAAAAAGCAAAAAAUCGCCUCAAGGACUUGUAACAACGCAUAAGAAAUUACCGAUACCGGAUUCCCACCGUUGAUUGUUACAAUUUUCUUCAGUGGAAGUGGAGGAAAAACAGGAAAAAGGGAGAGUGGAGGGGCCGGGGGAGGAGGACGAGGAGGACGAAGAAGAAAAGGUGGCGAAUUAUAGGCGGCACGAGAAGAAGAGGGAACUGAACAACCAAAAAAGGGAAGAACAACAAUUUGUUGUGCGGCUCGUGUGUCAUGGGGUGUUUCGGCAGCCAGAGCAGCAAGGCCAGCCAGGAUGACAGCAAGACCCAGAAGAGGCGUUCAGACGCAAUCACGAGACAGCUACAGAAGGACAAGCAGGUCUACAGAGCAACACACAGGCUCCUACUGCUCGGGGCUGGUGAGUCUGGAAAAAGUACCAUCGUGAAGCAAAUGAGAAUAUUGCACGUCAACGGCUUCAGCGAAGCAGAGAAGCGCCAAAAAAUAGAGGAUAUUAAGAAAAACAUCAGGGAUGCCAUCUUGACGAUUACAACGGCGAUGAGCACAUUGACACCACCUGUAACACUCGAGAAUCCAGCAAAUCAGAGUAAAGUUGAUUAUGUUCUGGAUGUCUCGUCAUCUCCAGAUUUCGAUUAUCCGACGGAGUUUUAUGGAAUUGUCGAGACCCUUUGGAAAGACCGAGGUGUUCAACAGAGCUUUGAGAGGAGCAACGAGUAUCAGCUCAUUGACUGCGCCAAAUAUUUCCUAGAUAAAGUCGCCAUCGUUAAGCAGCCCGAUUACACUCCAACUGAACAGGAUAUUUUAAGGUGUCGAGUUCUCACAUCCGGUAUCUUCGAGACUCGAUUUCAAGUCGACAAAGUCAACUUUCAUAUGUUCGACGUUGGAGGCCAGAGAGAUGAAAGAAGAAAAUGGAUACAGUGUUUCAACGACGUGACUGCAAUAAUAUUUGUUACCGCUUGUAGUAGUUACAACAUGGUGCUCAGAGAAGAUCCAACAAAGUUGAGACUCCGAGAGAGUCUUGAUUUAUUCAAAAGUAUUUGGAAUAAUAGGUGGUUACGUACAAUAUCUGUAAUCUUGUUUUUAAACAAACAAGAUCUCCUAGCUGAAAAAGUUAAGGCAGGUAAGCACAAAUUGGAGGACUACUUUCCAGAAUUUUCACGAUACCAAACUCCAGUCGAACCUGGUGUUGUAACAGAUCCUUCAGAACCUCCAGAGGUUAUAAGAGCUAAAUAUUUCAUCAGAGAUGAAUUCCUUCGUAUCAGUACAGCUAGCGGAGAUGGGAAACAUUACUGCUAUCCACACUUUACAUGUGCAGUUGACACAGAAAACAUCAAGAGAGUAUUCAAUGACUGUCGUGACAUAAUUCAACGUAUGCAUCUGCGGCAAUAUGAACUCUUGUGACUUGGUAUCAACUAUUGCCUAGUAUUGUCUGUCCAAUUACUAUCAUUUCCCUUUUCUCCACUUCACGUUGGUAAAGAAAAACUUUGGUGCAUUGCCUUUAAUUUUAAAAAAAUUAAAAAAUGCCAAGUACGUGGGCAAUUAUAACUCAUCCACGAACAAGUUGAAGGAAAAAAAAUGGAGAUGAAUCGAUUAAUUUCACUGAAGAGUAAAAAGAAAUUGAUGAAUAAAUUUAGAACAUCAAACGAAGUUGUCUCCGAUGUGGAAAACUUCACCAAAUCAAAUACGCAGAAGGAACAAAUUAUGGCUUUGAUUGGUCACUUGGAAUUUUAUUUCCCCGCGAUAGGCCGGGAUUGUUCAAAUUCUUAACAUCAUCCUUCUCCCUUCCUCCCUACCUAGCCCCCAUCACCAAAUAUCAAUUUUAUUAUAUUUACACAAUUCUUUCCAAUGUCACUCGACGCACUGUGAUCCGUUACCUCGAAUCUUGUUUUUUUUCUUCCUUUUUGUUUUAAAUUUCAUUGUCUAUAAGAUUUGAUGAUACUGAUGAAAAGUCACAGGAAUCUCCUUGAAUGUUACGCGAAUAGAGUCUCACAAUCCGUCAGGUAAUCUCUUCCUCGAAGAAGCACACGAAUCUCUUGAACUGUUGUAAAAUCGUGAAGUGUCUUGUUUUACGAAUUUCUAUUGUUUAUCACGCAUGUCCAACAGCACCAAACUACUACAUCCCUACUGUUAAACUACAAAAAAAAAGUGUUUUUUCUUUUUUCUUAAUUUUGUGAGAUUUUACAGUAUUUCGAGGGAGCUUUGUUUUUAAUUAUACAAUUUAUGUAUGUAUUAACUAUGUACAGAGGGCGUCAAUCUGAUUCGAACUUGUUUUUAAAUAAUUUAUUUAUCAUUUAGUAAAUAAA